GAACUGAUCGACGCUCGCGGCACGGCCGAACCGCAAGGCGUUUCCACCAUGUUCUAUCUCAUGAUCCAGAACAUCCUUGCCAACGUGACUGGCGGCGUCAGCCUACCCGUGGAGUAUCCCGCAGCAGCCAGCCAAAACACCAGCAGCGGCGAGAAGUUUGUGGUGGACACCAUCGCCCACGGACUCCGGCACUGUCCGCACCAGAAGUACGCUCUAUUCGGGUAUUCUCAAGGCGCAACCUUGAUGCUUAACGUGCUCCGCCAACUGAGUCCUCCGGCCCUUGAAUCGAUCAAAUCGGUUGUUCUUGUCGGCAACCCGUACCGUAUGCCCGGGAAGAGUUCCAAUGUGAACGCUACUGCGCAGCACGACGAGAGAGCCUCGGUAGGAAUGUUUGCGGAGCAGGCUAUUGCCAGUAACAGGACGAUUCCUCAGCUCUCAAAGGAGAUGGACCAGAGUGGGAAGGUGCUUGAUUAUUGUCUUGCAGACGACUUUGUUUGUGCACCCAACCCUGCCUGCUCCUGCCAGAUCCCAGCCGGUCACCUGUCCUACGGCCUGGUUGAUACCGUUCAGCAGACUGCCUUUGAGCAUGUGGUUGGUCGUCUCUAA